AUGUCUGGCUUUAAAAAAUUCUUCAAAAAGAAGAGUCCUAGUGCGAAGAACACACUGUCAACCGAAGACCUUAGUGAUGCCGCUAGCAUUGCUUCUGGUUACUCGAUCUCCAAAGACAAAGAUCUGCCUAAGCUUCAUAAAGCUGUGUGGAGCGGAGAUUUGACCAAAGUGAAACAGCUGGCAAAGAAAGGAGACGUCAACCAGCUUGACAAGGAAAACAGGUAAAAAUAAGGAAAUAUUGGUUUACAGUUGAAAAGCGAUCGCAAUUUCUUCCGAGUCGCGGUCAAGAUAUGAUGUCGUUUCUUUGGUUACUCGGUUAGCGUCCUCUGGCUUUCAUCCCAUUUAAAAAUACACAACAUACAGCCUACUUGACAUGUAUUCCGCAAAUCGCUCAACACAAAUGACUUUUGAAAAGUGCUGUUUCGUAUUGUUAUACUGCCAAAAAAAUCAGUUCUGUUUUCCAGUUUCUAAAUUACUGUAAUCGUAUUUUUAUAUAAACAAAGUAUGUGAUGAUGGUUUUGCCUUUGCUUUGUUCGAGAUAAUUGAAAUAUUUUAUCGUGAUCGUCAUUGAUUGUUGUUAUUGGGCUUAGUAACACCAUGAUAAGUAAAUUUACACAGCUGGUAACCACAAGAAAUGACUUUUACGAUCAGAUCGAUCGUUGACGGAAAAAAUUUAUUCGUCACUUGUGACAUUUUUUAUACAAAUUGUUUGGUAACUGCAGAAAUUAAUUUUCCUACCAACAAAUAUGUAGAUUAAUAAUUUUCUUGUAUCAGGACUGUACUCAGCGAGAUAGCAAGUAGUGCCAAAUUGCCUGAUGAGGCCGAGGUGGAAUCGUGGAGAAAUUAUUUCAGCCAUGUAGAGACAAUUUUAAGCAUAUUCUAUGGUCUAAAAAUUCACCCAAGAUAGUUAAAUAUCAAUUUUGAUUAACAAAUUUCCUUUCCAAUUUCCUUUUGGUUAGAACUGCCCUUCACCUUGCCUGUUCUCAAGGUAAAGAAGACAUUGUAAAAUUUCUCUUGGCCAAUAAUGCUAAGACAAAUCUUUGUGAUAACUAUGGAAGGACACCGCUUAUGAAGGUGAGAACCAUAAUAUUUUAA